GCCCGGAAUAACUGGUCGUCCAAGAUCACAUCGCGACUUGAGAUUAGACGGCGCCGCUGGGCAUCGACUGCGAUGGGUGGAUGGACUCCUCAGGAAGGGUCGUUUUACCCACAGCUUUUGAGGAUGCGGAUAUAGACCAUCUCGCGCUGCUCAUAGCGGAUAUGUUGGAGCGGCUGAUGGCUCACAAUGACAGGAUACCCUUGCUACCCGAGAGCUUGACGCGCUUUCACUCCAGAAGUGCACCGGGGAUCAGCGUGCUAGAAUAUCUCCGUCGCAUAGUCAGGUUCACGAAAGUCGAGAAAAGUAUCCUUCUGCUAACAUUGCAUUAUGUUGACCAGAUGUGUGCGCGCACACCGCUCUUCACUCUCUCCUCCCUCACCGCGCAUCGUUUUAUCAUCGCUUCAAUCGCCGUGGCAAGCAAAGGCCUAUGCGACACAUUUUGCACGAAUAGCCUCUACGCUCGAGUUGGUGGAAUAUCUUUGACGGAGCUGAACGUCCUCGAGCGCGAGUUUCUCCUGGGCAUUGACUGGCGGUUGACGUGCACCCGUGAGGUUCUUCAAGAGUACUACAUCAACCUCGUCCGGACCGACUCUGCCGCGCGUUUCACCAUCCCCGAAUCAGAAUCCUUCUCAACUUCGGAGGACAGUGACGCAGACAUGGAUAGCGGAGACGCGGAGUCACGCUCACCGAGCCCACUGCAAAUGCAGGCACAAGCUCAGGGCGUGCGACCCCCAUCAACAGGCACCAUCCUCCCUGACACCGCGACACUCACGCCUCAGGUGCCACAAGGCCCUACCAUCGAGCAGAACAUGGCAUUCGCUGCCCUCCAGGAGUCGCUUGGGAGGACACGUAGCCAUCAAGGUCAGAAUCAUCCGGGGCCGAGUUAACAAGGGGAGAUCAAUGGGAGAUCAGCUGGUUAAGACGUUGACGGCGGGGUUGUAUCAGUUUAUUUAAGGGGUGAAAGGCGAAUGUCUCGUAUGGUAUAUCAUGGCACUCACAUCAUCGCGGACACUCCGUGCGUGUCUAGUCUUCGAAUCUCAUUAUGUUUGGCUGCACAAAUCACAUGCUCCUAGUGUUUUUCAAGCGGGUGUUCGGGUUUGGCUGGCCGCGAACAGGGCCGGCAGGCUAGGCCCAAACAGGACAGAAUCAUUCACUAUCAUCCAACGACGUUAUUGCACGUACGAGAAUCAUUACGCCUUCUCUCUGCCCCACGUCGACAUUUUGAAGAUACGGUAGAUCGUGGGGACAUUGUCAAGAGUACUUAUCUCGCCAUACAAGCCGGUUCUGGGGUAAACGCCGGCGGCAGUGUUCUUGCCCCGCAC